UGUAUUUAGUACUCCAUCAGUUUGAAAGCAGUCAAAAACAUUGACUUUAAAGAAAAUGGCAUCAAAAAGGAUUGCUGUUGUAACCGGGGGAAACAAAGGAGUUGGAUUCGAAAUAUGCAGGCAAUUAUUAUUGGCCCAUCAACAUGUUUUUGUGGUGUUGACUGCAAGAGACGAGAAACGGGGUAAGGAUGCCGUCGCUAACCUGCGCGCUUCGGGUUUACAGGAUGUCGUUUUUCAUCAGCUCGAUGUUACUGAUCCACCCAGUAUUGCUUCCCUGGCAAAUUUCAUUGAUACUCGGUUCAAAAAACUCGAUAUACUGGUGAAUAAUGCUGGAGUCUCCAGUACUAUCGUUGACGAGGAGUCCUUUUGGAGUCUAGACCUUCCAAGUGAGGUAAUUGCUGAAAAGGAUAAGCAAGCGAGGAAAGCUGUAACACAAACAUUUGAAGGAGCCCAAAAGUGCUUGGAAACCAAUUAUUAUGGAGCUAAACAUGUCACUCAAGCUUUGCUAACACUUCUUCUUGAAUCUACGUCUCCAAGAAUAGUCAACAUAUCCUCCAAAUUGGGGCAGCUGGAGAACGUUCAAGACGAAAGUGCCAGGAAGAUCCUAAGUAAUUUUGAUGGACUCACAGAGGAGCUCCUGGACGAGGUUGUGAAGGAGUAUCUAAACGAUGUUAAACAUCAAGAAUUGCUGGAAAAGAAAGGGUGGACUAGUAAUGUCUCUGGCUAUAUCGUCUCAAAAGCGGCCCUCAAUGCCUACACGAGGAUUGUGGCCAAGAAAUUUCCGUCUAUCUGUGCAAAUGCAGUUAGUCCUGGUUUUGUGGCAACAGAUAUGACAUAUUUUAAAGGAACUUUCACCCCUGAAGAAGGUGCUAGAGGACCCGUGAGACUGGCCUUAAUGCCGGAGAACGGACCCUCGGGCCAAUACUUUUGGAUGACACAAGACUCGACAUUUUAAUACGAGUAUGAAAAAUCAUUGAAAUUCAGUGUACAAGUAAUAUCACAAUUAUAGUUGGAAAGAUCUCCUACAGUUGGUGAUAAUAAUUUAAAUAAAAAGUUUUCUUUUUCAUUUGAUGUAAGCAAAAGAUCUUAUAGAAUAUAAUAUCAAAUCAAUGUUAUUUAAUUUA